AUAACAAAAGCUGCAAGCUCCAAUUACCGCUUAAAAAAAGUCACAGUUUGCUCUUCUCCGAAGCUGAUGUUGAGAACGUAAUUCUUAUGGAUAAUGUGAUAUCUGAUAUAUCAGAAAUGACAUUGAUGUUUUGGAUAAGUACAAACACUACUCAUGGAAUGGCAUUGCUGUCUUAUGCUGUGAAAAAUAGUCCUGAUGAAUUUUUUGUUGGAUUUAAAAGAGGACAGAUGAUCAUCACCAUCAAAUCGUUCGAUAUUUCAAACCUUGAUAUUCCACCAAUCAACGAUCGUCUUUGGCAUCAUAUAGCCAUCGUAAUAGGUCAGACGAGAAAGAAAAUUUUCUUUGAUGGAAAAAAUGUUUGGAACAUUACUUUAGGCAAUCAUUCAUUACCAUUAAUACGUGGUGGUGGCGUUGUUGCUAUUGGUCAAAAACUGGAAUGCGAGGAAGCAAUUUUUGAUCCCAAAAUGUCAUUUGUUGGUAAAAUAAGCUGUUUAAAUUUAUGGCAACUAGACGUGACACGUGACACAUCGUGUACAAUGCAAUGGUUCAACGACAACUGUACUAUUGGUGCAAAUAAACCUGUAAUUCAAUGGAGUGACCUGAAUAAUUUUUUGAGUGGAGACAUCUCAAGGAUCUUAUUAUUUGUCUGUAAUUGUAAAGAAGUUCAAGAAAGUGGAAUCAAUGAAAAUGGUGAAUACAAUUUGUAUCUCACAAGCAAUCUGAAAACUCCAGUCAAAAUUUACUGUUCAGACAUGGAUACCGACAAACCAAAAGAGUAUAUAACACUGAACAAAGAAACAAACUACGCAAAAUAUUACAAUCACAUGGAAGGACAUAGGUUAGAGGAAACUAAAUUUGCAAAGAUCCGAGUCCACCUUCAAAACUUAAGUGUAGAUCUCAACGACUUUAAAUAUGCCACCAGCAACAUACAUGGUGUCUUUCACACAUAUGGCAGUGCAGGUGACUGCAAACGUCCAAGUUGUGGUGCAAAUCGCUUAGGAGCUUUCAGCAUAAACCUAACAAGAACAGGCUUCAUCUUAUCUGAGACAAUACCUUAUACACAUUAUUCGUAUCCUGAAUGUGCUAAAAGAAUCUACAACUCCAACAUGAAUUCAACAAAAAACAUCUUUACAGGAGCUUGUGGGGGUCAUUGUGGCCGAUGUACUCCCUCUGAAAUCAAAUUAAUCGUUGCAUAGACUAAAGAAGCCUUACUAAAAUCUUACUGUAGAUUGGUAUGUCAUUGACCUAAGGUUUUAUAUAAUUAUAAAUUUACAUAAUGAAGCACAUGUCCACAAAACUUAUCUUACUUUUUUGUUAGGUUGUACUAUGUGUAAAUAUAAAUUUUACUGCUGCAGUGUAAAUAACUGACCGCACUUCAAGCCGUUUGUGUAUAAGAAAUAAUUUUUAAAUUGUUAUUUAGUUCACUUUUUAAAGUAAUUAUUAAUGACAUAGCUAAGUCAAAAAAAUUAAAACCCCAAAAGUUAUCAAAAUCCCUUUCAAUUACGAUGUAUAAAUAAAGAUUACUUCCCUGGGA